ACCCAUGGAAAUCAUUGUGUCUAUGGCAAGUCUUCAAGGACAAACAGAGCAGCUAUCUCCAUCACAACAGACCAAAGGGGAACAAAUGGAAGAGCAAACUGCCACAGUUUGAUAAGAAAAGACUGUCUACCAAGACUCCUCAUGAGCAUGGAUUAUGUUAACAAAUGGCAUCCCAGAAACUUCUCAUCAGCCCAGGAAGUGAGGACAUGCUGCGAUUGCACUGAUUGGAUGAUGAGACCGGUGGAUUUGAAGAAGGGGGAGAGUGGUAGGUUGUCUAGGGGCCAAAGGGCAGAAAUGUUUGCCCCUGACAAAGUCAACAGGAUAUCAUUUCUUCUUCCACAAGACACUUGCCCACAGGUGCACACCUGCACGUGAACAAGAAUCCAAGCACGAUGCGAGUAGUAUGGACCCCUUGUUAGGCUGCUGCCGCCGUGUGUAUCUUGAGUCAUGUUGUGUCUCUCGGUUCCCUGAAGGGGCAGAAAGAAGGACCAAAAUAUAUUAAAAAACACAGCAGACAUGAAGCAGAUGGAUGGAUAUAUAAAUAUAUAUAUACAUAUAUAUAUAUAUUGUCAAUAAUGAAAACAGAGAAUGCUAUGGCUGUUUUUGAUCAUCAGCUUCAUGUGGUCUAUUCUGACUUGUCUCAACACAUUUUUUCACGUGGCCCUGAAUGACUGUUGUUCGUUAAAAGUUUCAUCUCUUAAAAUAAGACGAAGCGUAAAGUAUUCUACAACAGGUGACCAGAAUGCAACCUGGUAGAGAUAUUUCGCUAUCCCUAGCAAUAUACUGAGUAUGGUGUAAAUAUCUUCUGCGUUUGUUUGUUGGUUUGUUUCCAUUUGAAUUUGUUUGUUUUGUUUUUGUACUGUGUUUUCAAGAAUUGUACACAAAAAUGUGUGUGAACGAUAGAACAAUGAUUUCAAGUGCUUCCAGAUUUUUAGAAUCAAGGUCAUUAACAUCUCCCCCAGCCCCCAUUUUACACACAGAUACACAUGCAAUACACACCUGUACAUACACAUACAAAAAACACACACAUUCAUCUGAAAAAAAAAUCUAAAAAGAUAUAGACAUCAAUGAAAAAUAAUGCAUCGUAUCCAACUAUAUUGAACCAUCUGCUGAACCAUGAAAUGAAACGUUUUUUCUGUGCAGCUUUUACAUUCUGCGACAUGAAAUUAAAAUUACUGAAAAACCCAGAAAAAAGAUUUAAAAAAAAAAUACGUCCCAUGCUGUUUGAUAAUUAAAUGGACAGCUCUUAGCUACCUUGGAUUGC